AUGGAUGGUAUAGAGAGAGUAAACUCAGUGAGACAACACUAUAACGAUGAUGUACCGUCCUUCGUUAUCGAUAAUGUAUCCGACAUUGAUACUGAAUCUGCAGGAACAGAGCCAUAUCUAAAUGCAUUUGAUAACAAAGAUCACAACAACACAGAAUUUGAAACUGGCCGCAGUGAUAACUUCUUCAAUUUUAACUACAAUGAUAACGACAACGACAUCGAUAACUAUAAUGACAAUGAAAUUGGUAAUGAUAAUGAUGUUGAGCUAGACCUAGUGGAGGAUAGUAAGGAUAACUUUAUGAUGAUGGUACCGCGCACGCUUCCAACAUCGGGCAUAUCAGAGCAUCUGUGGCAGAAACGCAUACGAGCCAAUCCAAGUGAUGGUGCGCAAACGCUAGAACCACCCUCGGGGCCUGUUGAUCUCCUAUCUAGUGCGGACACUUCACAAAGACUGAAAUGGGCGGGUGCAGGUCCGGGACCCAAUGCACUUACUAUGACCACCUCUUUACUCAAUGGUGAGAAAUUGCUGCGGGCAGCAACAUACCCUGAGACGGAACAAGAGCAGAAGCAAGCUCGGCGCUUGCAUGAGUUAGAGACACCUAGGCUAGUUGUUCCACCCAACGUUGACAGCCAGGAGCGUUUGUGGCAAGAGGUUGGUGAGUUAGAACAAAUCAAAAGUUUUGCUAGACAAGUGAACAUGUUUGAAAGCAUGUUCCCACACGGGUUCGAGAGUAACCUGAACGAGCUUCGCAAGUUACAGAACGGGCUUGUGCAUGAGCUAAGAAAUUAUAAUGCAGAACUAGAAGAACAAGAGCGGAAAGAAAUUGCUAAGCAAGCAGCUGCUUCUAUCUUAACUUUCACACCGCCAGCAUCAAUCCAUAGUACCGACACUGCACUACUUAACCACAGCAGCAGCGACAUCAGACUUGGUGGUUUCAGCGGCGCCAACCUCAAAGCGGAGAAGUACUUGCGCCAGCUGUUCGAGAAGAUCACAGAUAUGGGCUAA